UUGCACUGAUAGCAAAAAAAGUGUGAUAAGAAAUUGGAAGAUAUUGAUUUUGAAAAUAUUUUUUUUCUUGAGCUAAAGCUGAAAUUGAGAUGUUUUUCGAUGAUUGUGAAUUAAUGGGAACAAUACGCUGAAUAUUCAUUGUAGCCACGACCAAAUCAUUGAAAAUUAGAUUCAGCAUUCUGUUCUUUCAGUAUUACGUUUUGGAUACUUCGUUACCGGUGUCCUAUUCAUGUGUUGAUUGUGAUGAGAUUUUUCGUUUUUAUAUCAACGUGAAAAUGUCAUUUCUAUCUCUAGGAAUUUUAAUCCAACCAUCACAAUGCAUGAUUUUCGUGGAGUGAAAGCAGAAGUUCCUCUAUUAGCAUGCAAACAUCCCUGGAUCGCAAUUUUACUGCUGAAUAUGAAUUUUUUAAUACAGAGCAAGAAACAUUUCAAUGCUUCCACUGCGAUGAAAAUUUCUUCGCGAAAUCUACGUUAUCGAAACACGUUCAAAAACAACACUCUAUAUUGAAGAACACCACGAAAUCCUGUAAAGUUUGCGGUUCUGCUGUAAAACCUCCUGUAAAUUCAGUCAACGAAGAUCUCAAAUGUGAAUCCUGUAUCAAAUUAACCCCCUUCAGCUGUAGGUUUUGUGAUGAAAAGUUUGACCAGAAUGCUACCUUGAAAGUACACCUGAAAUCUCAUCGUAAUGAAAAACCAUUCGAAUGUGAUUUAUGUAAAAACCAUUUCAGUAAUCUUCAACAUCUCAAAAGACAUAUUGAAGUUAUCCAUAAUGGUCAAACUAAUUACCAGUGCAAGUUCUGCCAGAAAUGUUUUAGAUGGGAUUCGAGUCUGAGAACUCAUUUAAAAACUCAUACCAAUGAACGUCCUCAUCAAUGUUCAUCUUGUAAUUUUUCUUUUAGAAGAUCUUGCGACCUAAAAAGACACAUGAUAACUCACACUAACGAGAAGAAUUACUCCUGUCAACAUUGCAGUAAGAAAUUCACUCGGAAUUCUAGUUUGCAGAGACAUGUUAGAGCACAUUUCGGCGAUAAACCGUACUUAUGCAGUGUUUGUGGGAAGCGUUUCAAUGAGUCUUUUUUCCUGAAAGAACAUAUGGAGUCACAUUCUGAAAACAGAUUGUAUUAUCAUUGCGAUUUAUGCAAUAAACGGUUUAAUAACCGGAGAGUGCUGCGAGUGCAUGCGAAGAAGCAUUUAUGUCGAAAUACCAAUGACGUUGAUGAAUGUUCUAAUGUUACCAAAGACGUUUUCAGUUCCUAUGGAAAUCAGUUCCCAAAUGGUGUUACCGAACUACCUCAUUUUUAAUAGUUUAAUGUAAUGUGUGACUUGGAGAUGUAAAUUGUAAUAAAUCUUUAUAAUUUUGCUGUGAA